GGGGGACGGGACGGCACCCUGCCCCGGCCCGGCCCCGGCCCGGCCCCGCCCCGCCCGGUGCCGCCGCGUCCCGCUCAGACCGGGCUCCCCACGCCAUGGAUCCGCCCGAGGAGGUGCGGACGCGGCUGGAGCGGUGCGGACAGGGCCAUCUGUUGCAGUUCUGGGCCGAGCUGGACGCGGCGCAGCGCAGAGCGCUGCUGGCGGCGUUGCCGCCGGGGCUGGACGAGCACUGCCGGCUAGCGGCGGCGGCGGCCGGGGCCCGCCAGCGUGGCCCGCCCGAGCGCAUGGACAGCCGGAUGGAGCCGCUCCCCGCCGAGCUGCUCGGCAGCGCCCGCCGCAGCGGCCCCGCCGCGCUGCAGCGUUGGGAGGCGGAAGGUUUAUAUCAGAUCUCACAGAACAAGGUGGCAGUGCUGCUCCUGGCUGGAGGACAAGGAACCCGUCUGGGAGUCAGCUAUCCCAAGGGCAUGUACAAUGUGGGAUUGCCCAGUGGCAAGAACUUAUAUCAGAUCCAAGCAGAAAGAAUACGCAAAGUGGAGCAGCUUGCUGGCAAGAGACACCACUGCAAGUGUGCCAUUCCCUGGUAUAUCAUGACAAGUGAGUUCACACUGGGGCCAACAGAAGAGUUUUUUGUACAACACAACUACUUCAGCUUGGAUAGAUGCAACGUUGUCAUGUUUGAACAGAGGAUGCUGCCUGCUGUCACCUUUGAUGGGAAGGCUAUCUUGGAGGAGAAAGGGAAAAUUGCCAUGGCUCCAGAUGGCAAUGGUGGCUUAUACCGUGCUUUGAUGGAUAAUAAGAUCUUGGAUGAUAUGAAGCAGCGUGGAAUCCAGUAUGUCCAUGUAUAUUGUGUGGACAAUAUCCUCGUGAAAAUGGCAGAUCCAGUCUUCAUAGGUUUCUGUGUUUCCAAAGGGGCAGACUGCGGUGCAAAGGUAGUGGAGAAGGCCUACCCGACAGAGCCUGUUGGGGUGGUGUGCUGUGUGGAUGGAGUGUACCAGGUGGUGGAGUACAGCGAGAUCAGCCCAGAGACUGCACAGCAGCAGCACCCUGAGGGAGGACUGAUGUUCAGUGCUGGCAACAUCUGUAACCAUUUCUUCACUGUUGAGUUCCUGGAAAUAGUGGCCCAGAAGUGGGAGUCACAGCUGAAACAUCAUGUAGCCAUAAAGAAGGUGCCCUACAUUGACAAGGAGGGAAAUCUGGUAAAACCACUAAAACCGAACGGGAUAAAGCUGGAGAAGUUUGUGUUUGAUGUGUUCCAGUUCUCUAAGAAUUUUGUGGCAUUUGAAGUUCUGAGAGAAGAGGAGUUCUCGCCACUAAAAAAUGCAGACACAGCUGACAAAGAUACUCCUACCACUGCUCGGCAAGCCCUCCUUUCCCAGCAUUACCGCUGGGCUCUCAAGGCUGGGGCCAGAUUUGUGGAUGAAAAUGGUUGCAGGAUACCAGAAAAACUCAGUCUCUCAGGAACUGAAGAUCCUCCGGCUGUGUGUGAAAUUUCUCCAUUAGUGUCUUACUUUGGAGAGGGUCUGGAGGUGUACAUGAAGAACAAAGAGUUCCCUUCUCCCUUUGUACUCGACGAAAACAAAGCGGAAAUCCUGGAAAAUUCUUGAAGUGGGAAGCCUUUCCCUCUCAAAUCAGAUCCAUGUUUGUCAGAUCCAUUAUAAGAACUGACAGUACUAAAAUGUCAGCUAUGAAGUGCAUAAAAAAAAAUUGCUUUGCAGUGUCUGAUGCCAAAUCCUCGCAGCAGUUGUGCGAGCUCCCCAGUUCUGUUUGCUAACUUUGAAGGUGUUGCCUUUUACCUCAGUCUAUUUUGUAUACUUGGAUGUGAGUGUGGAUUAACAUUUUCUGGGUGCUAAACAGAUUCUACAUUUCUUAUUUACGGUUGCAUAUGAAUAUGGAAAAGAGCCAGUCAAGGCCUGAUAAAUCAGUUUUGCCUUCAAGGAGAUUCAAUUUCUUCAGUGCCUUGUUAGGUAUCUUGUUUGUGUUGGUGUGGUGGUUUUUUUGGUUUGGUUUUGUUGCACAGCUGCAGUCAGUUUGAGGUCUCAUCCUGAAAAGUAUGGAAGGACUUUGGAUACCGAGGUUUUCUCUGCAGCUGUCAGUUUUUUCCCUAGAAGAGAACACAGGAUUAACUUCCUCCUGUUAUAAAUGAAAAGCUCCCAGAAACAUCCAAAUUGAAAUUUAGCAAUAAUUUUAAUUGUAAUUAACAUAAUUAAGAAAAAGGAUACAUCCAGAUUAAAUGCAUUUCAUUCUCUAUAAAAGUAAUUUAGCAAUAUAUAUGUUCAAAAUACAAUAUCACAAAGCAAAGACUUACGGCUGGGUACCGCACAGGGCCAAAUCUCCUGUAGCGCAUACGAUCUAAAUUUAGUUCUACCUUUAUUUUUAUAGUUUUAUUAACACCCUUAUCUCCUCCCCUCUUUGAUUGUUUCCUCCCAGUUUUGAUUCUUAAAGUUUGCGUCUCUUUCUUCAUCGCACCUGCUCCAGUUGUUAUUUGAGGGUCUUCUGACUCCUUUUGGUGGUCGCUGGGAUGAAGGCUACUCCUCUUCCUUGUAUGUCCUUUGUUUGACCUUGCAAGUUAUACAUAUGUGCCAAGCUAGUGUUAGACAACUAAAUAGUUAAGUUCUAUUAGAUAUAGCCAAAAAGUAACAUCUGGCCUUAUCUUAGUUUUCCUGGACUCUUUUCAACCCCUUUUUAGCAUCUUCAAGGACACUACUCCCUUACUAACUGUUCUUGGUCUAAUGUCCUGUUUUCUCAUGGUAUUUUGCCAAGGAAAAAGGGGUGGGGGGGCUCUCCUAACACAAUGCCUUUAUCUGAAGUUAGUUUUACUAAUUCUGCUAAUAUUGAUUAAAUAUAAAGUUACAAUACUAACCUAUUGAUAUUAAGUGAUAUUGAAUAUAUAUAUUGUUACAAUUUAGCACUAACCAUGCUCAUUCAUUACACUGCUGUGGUUAAAAACCAGUGCAUUUCUUCAAAAGAUUGUCAAGAACAGGAUAUCCAGUUUUUUUGUUUCUGUGCCUAAGCAUUGCUUGAGGUUUGGAGUCCAAUGUAGUACAGACUAGUUUUGUAUCUGGGCUUGCUGGUGUCAUGCCUAGACUGAUUGCUCCUUACAGUUGUAAUGACUUGGGUUUUUUUAAUCAAAAAAAAAGAUAAUAUUUUCACAACCCUCUGCCCUUCCUGACUAUAACAGUUUUCCUUUCCAUUUCCAAGGCCUUCCCAAGGCUCUCUUCAGGUACCUGAAAGUAGUAAGAGAAACAAAUCCCAGUGGUACAUUUAAUACCUAACCAAAACAAAAAAAAAUCUAUUCUCAGCAUCAACAGGGCACAGAGUUGUUGUAGGUUUGUUCGUAACUGGACAGAAACACCAAUUAUGUAGUGGUUUCACGUUCGCCUGUGUCGGCCAAAUUUAGUGUAGUGGUUUAAGUGACUUUUCUGCUGUGAGAUAGGAUUUGGAGAAAAAGGCAAAAUAAGCCCAACUUAAAAGUAAACAUAGUUUUAAUAAUACACACUAAAAAGAAGGAAAUAAAAAAUCAAAAAUGAAACUUUCAGAACACUCUUCCUCCCUAUUAAAGCUUUCACUUUCCCACAAACAACAUAAAGAGACAAAACUUGUAAUUUUCAGUCAGUUUCACUAUUUAAAAAUAAUUUUCUAUUAGUUCUUUAGGGAGAGGAGUCUCUCUUAGUCUACCAUGGAAUUUCCCCCACUGAAAACCUAGAACAGUUCUCUUGUGGGUUUUAACUGUCACAAAAACAGCCACCCAGGAAAAAAACCUGCUUCUGUGAACUCCCCUCCUGUAAGCAGUUUCCCAAGCUGCUUAUGGGUCAUGGGAACUCAGGUGGGUGGGGUGUCACCUUUUAAAGAUGAACAGCUGCAAAGGCAAAGGAUUCUUCAUCUCAGGGAACAAAGAUGUCUUCUCACUUCUUCACUGGCGCAGAGGACUUCUCAUCUCUCGCUGUUCAAGCAUCUCAUGGGAUCACAAGAAUCACAGAUUCUAAUUCAAAAUUACUCAGUCCAUCACAGACACCUUUGCUAAAAUCCACAAAUCUAAACAAUCAUCUCCCCAAAUGCACAUUUUCCCCAUGAUUUAAAGGGAUAAUCUACAUAUAGAGUUCAUUACCAUGGCUCAAUAAGAGAAAUUCAGCCUAAAAUGGCAAACUCUUCAAUCUCUCCUCCCAAUAAGUCUUUUCACUCUCAGUGACUUCAUGCUGUGUCUUCUCUACAUUCAAUCACUUUGUCUGUUCUCACUUAGGGAAGGGACAGUGCCCUGGAAGGUCUGUCUGGUGCUAGGAAAGAGUUAAAUCUACCCAGGCCUGAGGUGGUCUUGUGAUUUCUGCCGGGCAGCAGCCUGUAGGAUUUUCCCUAAAAAAAAAGCCACAUGGAUCUCGGAGCGGCCUGGCUGGUAGAUGCCUCCUGCUCCCACCCCUGGGUCUCAUCCGGGGUGACCCAGCUUGGAGCUGCCAGCAGAGGCUGCAGACUUCUCUCCCCCUGCUGAGGGGAAGGGCUCCGGGCCACGGCCCGGCCUUGGGCCGCCUUCUCCCCUAAAGGGGGCAGCAGCAGGGGGCGGUGACAGGAUGUUUUACAGCUGCUAAAAACCCGAUCUGGCCUGGAGGAUAUUCUCAUCCCCUCUCCCAGCCUGAGAGUCACCGAGCCAGGCAGGCCUCCCGUGAAAAGCCCGGGCCGGGCCGUCCUGGCUGCCCCCUGCACAAGAAGAGAGCCGGGCCUACUUUCUUACCUCGUGUGAGGCCGGAAGGAAAAUGUCAUUUUCUUGGCUAGGAGCCUCCAAUAUUUAACCCUUGGAUAUUCAUGGAGACAUACUUCUUUCUAAUUGGUUUGUCAAGCUAUAACUUCUUAAAAAAUCACUUCCUAGCCAAACCACCACAACAGUAAAACACCAGCCUCCACUCCUACAGUUUUUGCCCAGGUGAUUUUCCAGCACUCUUUCACUUAUGAAGUAAUUCCAUAGAAGCGUUUCUUUUAGAUCUGUUACUAACUAUAGUGUAAAGAUACUGCCCCAGAAAGCUCAUGCCCAUCUGAUGCAGAACCUGUGCUGAGCAUACUCGAGUAAUUUCAGCCUUGGUGAGGAUGCAUCAGGUGCACUCUCCGGUGGCUGGCCUUUGCAUCAGGAAUAUUUCAUACUCUUCCCCUAAACAUGGUGUUAGAGAAGGUAGUGAAAAAGACGUUUCAUCUGAAAUACUAUUUCAUGUAUCAGCUUCUACUGAGAAACUGCUUAUGCUAUUUCAUUAAGCAUAAUUAAGUUCCAUGGCUUUCUGCAAUUUCUUAUGUGAAGCUCUAUACAGAAUACUAGAGAAGGGAAUGGGGAAGUAUAAAAAUUACUUUGAGAGUAAAUACAGUUUGUAAGUAUGCUCAAGUUUUCCAAAGAAAGCAUUUAAAUGUCAGUAUCAGAGUUUUUGGUUGUAAAGUGUUUCUGCAUGAACUUGAGUAAAGAUCCUUUCACACAUGCAGACCAGCUAAUGACAGUUCUGAUUACCUCAGCUGGCAUGUGUAGCCAGUAAUUCAUGUUUGUAGUAUAAAUGAAGCAUUUGUCCUUUUCAACCAAUUCUGUAGUGUUUUUGCAAUGUUUCUAUGACACAUUCCAUUCCUGUCAGUCAAGUUUUAUAUCUGAGAACAAAUUAUGUUGUAUAUUUGUGAGUAUUGCUCAGCAGUUCAAGCACACACUUCUUUUACACUGGGCUGUGCUGUAAAGAUUUCUUUUGCUUUUUCUAAAGUUCUUUCUCUUUUGAAGCUUCAGUUUCCAUGCACACAGAACAGAGCUGCUGACAUGGUUUUCAAGGUUGUUUUCAAGGAGAAGAUAAAUUAGGAUGCUGAAUGCCUUGUCUCUUGUGGGUUUUUUUUUUGUUUGUUUGUUGUUGUUUUGUUUUUUGUGUUUUUUGUUUGUGGGUUUGUUUUGUUUGUUUGUUUUUGUUUGUUUUUUGUUUGGGGUUUUUUGGGUUUUUUUUUCUAUGACUCUUCACAUUUUAAACUGGAAUAUAGAACCAAUUUUGAGAGAACUUUACAAAAAAAAUCUGUCUGGUAUGUACUCAUUAUAAAAUGAAAAAAAGUACCUGAAACAAGGGAAAGGCCUGUAGUACUCCAGAAACUUCUGGACAUCUAAGCAUUUUUAACAAUAAAGAAGUUACUGUGA